UUUAUUUUUAAUAUGGACGCGGAAGUAAACAAGCGGGCACGUGAAAGAUGCAGUGUGCAACAUCAGAUGAACGCUUUGAGUCAGGAACACAAGACAAAGCCAAGAUUUUAAAGCAAUUCCAAUCGUGUUUUUUCGCAACCAAUCGACUCGUUUCGUACCCUUGGACGAAUUUGGAAAAGGAACUUGAACGCAGCAAAUCAGCCGACGUCAUCUUAGAGCUCCUUAAACAGACGUGUCUUCACUCACUAUGCAGAAAAUUUCCGCCACUACCACGAUACAGAAAGUGCUUUCUGUCCGAGCUCAUCAGACGGGUUGAAGCUGCAGGGUGUGAACCUAUGGAUGAGCUGUAUGACGCAUUGGCUGAGGUUGUGGUGGCCCCAGAAGUUGCAGAGGGAUACAGAACCUACUUAUUGCCGUGUGGCGACAGUGUCAGCUUGUUGGAGAGUGUGGCUCUGAUCUCCGAGGGGACAACGGGUCUGGUGACAUGGGAGGCUGCCCUCUACUUGGCUGAGUGGGCCUUGGACCACCCGCAUGCUUUCAACAGCAGGAAAGUUCUGGAGCUAGGCAGUGGAGCAGGCCUUACAGGCAUCGCUUUGUGUCGCUCGUGUGCACCAUUGUCGUACAUCUUCAGCGAUUGUCACCCGAGCGUCCUCCGGAGGCUCCGAGACAACCUGAACCUCAAUGGACUCAACGAAACAAAUUGCACCAGGACGGAAAUCACCGUAGAAGAGUUGGAUUGGACGGACGUGACUAAAGAACGUCUUAAUGAUAUCAGCGCGGACGUGCUAAUAGCGGCAGACGUGGUGUAUGAUCCGGAAGUGGUUAUGGUUCUGGUCGAACUUCUGUCCAAGUUCCUGAAUCGAGGCAGUGUUCCACCAGAGGUUCUGAUCUGCUCCACGGUGAGGAACCCGGAGACGUACGCUGGCUUCAAGCGCAAGCUAGGUGACGCCGGGAUUGGCCAUCAAGUGAUGCGCGGAGCCAUCAAUCAUGUCUUUGAGUACAACAGACAAUGUGAAAUAGAGCUUGUUCAAUUGUUUGCGUCUCAAUAAAGUUUAUUUUAAUAUUUACAAAAGUGUCCGUUCAUUGGGAAUGUUCAAUAAGAGUUAAAGAGCGGGAGGACAUGUUGGUCCCAGUUGUCAUCCCAGCGCUGCUCCCUGCUGGCGCGAAGGUUCCUCCUGAACGUGGCCAGUUUGCUGUCACUGCUGGGAAAGUCUGAUAGAAGAGUCUGGGAACACAAUCAAAGUGCUCUUGGAUUAUUUAGUGGAAGAAUCAAUAUAUCGAUUGAGGCAUCACCUUGAGCUGUCGGGCCAACUCCCGGCUGUCGGAGAAGAUCAGACCGUUGUGGUCGUGCUUCACUAGCUCCUCCAGGCUGAAAGAGAAUCAUUUAAAGUAUAUGAAAUUUUAAAAAUUGUGCGUCCUUUUCAAAUUAAUCGCAGGACUUUCUAUGAAGGACACAGAGUAUCACAAAUACUAGGGCUGUGAAACGAUUAAAAUUUUUAAUCGAGUUAAUUGCAGCUUAAAAAUUAAUUAAUCGCAAUUCAAACCUCUAAAAUAUGCCAUAUUUUCCUGUAAAUUAUUGUUGAAAUGGAAAGAUAAGACACACGACGGAUAUAUACAUACAACAUACUGUACAUAAGUACUGUAUUUGUUUAUUGUGACAAUAAAUCCACAAAUGCCAUUACUAACAUUCUUUCUGUUAAAGUGAUCCACGGAUAGAAAGACUUGUAGUUCUUAAAAGAUAAUUGUUAUAGUUACAAGUUAUAGUAAUUUUAUAUUAAAACCCCUCUUCAUGUUUUUGUUUUAAUAAUUAAAAAAAAAAAUUCAAUCAAAAGUAGUUAAUAUAAUAAGAAUAAAAAUAACAAUAAUUAAAAUAGAGUGACCAAAGUCUAAGUUUUACGUGUAUUUUGCAUAGCUAUUUUGAUAUGGAAUGCCAGUUCAUUUUGCAUUGUUGUUUAACCGUGUGUCAGAAUAGGGCCCCAUUACUAUAGACUGAAGUGCUUUUCUUUUUGUGA